UACGGAUUCAUCGUAGUGGCUUUGUGUCAGUUCUAAAACUUUUGUUUGAGUUGGUUGCUGAUUAUCUACGUUAAUAUAGUGGAAAGCUGUGUAUUUCUCGUGUAUGGAUUUCAUGUGAAAAUUAUGAACUUGCUGCACAUUAUGAAAAUCGGAUAUGCUAUCUUAAUAGUGAGUAUAUUGAUUAUGAUAUGGAUUUCGAUGGUAGAAUCAAAAGAGAUAGAAUCGGCCCAUGAUUCUCCAUGUUUUUUCAACCCACUCUGUACUUGCUCCAAAUCAGUACCAGAUUUAGGAAUUGUGAGGUGUGAAGAUGUUCAUUUACCAAGAAUACCAGAAACUAUCAAUAUUUCUAAGGUUUUCAUGUUACAUUUAGAAAAUAAUCAAAUGAGAACAUUAGAACCAUAUUUUCUCCAAAGUACAGGACUUUAUCAAAUAAUCAUCAGCAAAAAUCCACUGUCCAUGGUAUCGGAUGAAGCUUUUAUUGGUUUGGAGAGAUCUUUAUGGGAGCUGGAAAUAAGUCAUUGCGACUUAACAGUUGUCCCUAAUAGAGCUAUCAGAUAUUUAAGAAAAUUGAGGCGUCUAGAUCUAACAGGUAACGAUAUCAACAAAAUAUCACCAGAAAACUGGAGAGGAAUCGAGCACUCACUGGAAGUUCUCAUAUUAGCUGAGAACUUCAUAAGUCACCUACCUAUAGAUGCCUUUUCGGGUCUCCCCAAUUUAGAGACAAUAGAUUUACGCGGCAAUAACUUGAGAGAAAUCGAACCAUCUGUUUUUAGAGACGGUAUGGGUAAACUGGCUCACCUUAUUUUGGCUGACAAUCAAUUAGGUUCUAUACCAUACCAAGCCUUACAACCUUUGAGAUUUUUGAAAACACUAGACUUAAGUUAUAAUAGAAUUAAUAAAAUGGAACCAUCAACAGAUCCCGGAGUUAAUAUAAAUCUAAACUAUCAAUUGAAUUUGGAUCUAUUUAGGCUAGAUUACAAUCAAAUAAAUAUCCUAAAGCCCAUGUCAUUUCAAUAUUUCAAUGUUGUAAAUAAAACUUAUUUGGAUGGAAACCCUAUAAUUUCAUUAGAGGAGAAUUCAUUCAGACAAGCCAAAAUUCGAGAAUUAUAUUUGAGAAGUUGCGGCCUUACCACAGUUAAUCCAAUGGCAUUUUCCGGCUUGGAGAAUUCUCUUGAAAUAUUGGAUCUUACUGGAAAUAAUAUUUCUCUACUUCCCGAAACUGUAUUUCAUCUACUCCAACUACUAAGGACCUUAUCUCUAAGAGAUAAUGAUAUUCAGAAACUAAAUCCUAUAGAAACAUUUAAUGGUUUUCAAUUUACUUUGUAUAAUUUAGAUCUAAGCGGUACCGAAAACGCAGUAGUGUCUCUUCAAGACUUAAGAAGAUUGAGGAGUUUAAGAACUCUUUCUCUAUCAAAACUCAAACACACAACGUUAUUUGCAGACAAUUUUAUAGAAUAUGGAAUUGAUUUAGAGGAACUAGAGAUAAAUUUUGCAAAUCUACAAACUAUUAAAAACAACGCAUUCCAACAUGUCCAUGGUUUGAAAUAUUUAGACCUAUCUGAAAAUUCAAUAAAUACUAUUGAAAUUAAUGCAUUCAUAGACAUAGCUCAUUCAUUGAAACAUCUGAAAUUAUCUCAUGGCCUUUCGUCGUCAUUGUCAGUAAUACCAGUAGAUUCAAUAAAAGUAUUAUCAAACUUGAAAGAACUUGACCUAAGUAAUAACAAACUCAAGACGAUGCCAGAGACAUCAUUUCAUUUUCUUAAGCAGCUGGAAAAACUAGAACUUCAAGACAACAAUAUAGAAAUAAUACAUAAAGGAACUUUUCAAGGUGACAUUCAUGAGGAUUUAGAAGUAAUUUAUUUAUCGUUCAACUUAAUCAAAUUAAUUGGACAGCACACAUUUGUUCACUUAGCUAAUCUGAAACAACUUCAUUUAGAUGACAACAGAAUUGAAUCGCUGGAUAGGAGAGCUUUCAUGAAUUUGAAACACAUACAAAGACUGAAUUUGAAAGGAAAUAAAAUAGCGUCCAUAUCUUUCGAAGCUUUCCAAAACUUACCAGAACUAGAGGAUUUGGAUAUGUCUUAUAACAAGAUAGACUCGUUUGAUUUUACAAUAUUUGACCAAGUGGGAACUCUGUCUAUUUUUAGUGUUAAUAUCAGUCAUAAUAAUUUGAGAAAUUUGGUUGUAAAUAUACCGAGUAGUUUUGAAGGUGCAGGUAUUGGAAGUGUGCAUUCUAACAUCAAAAUAUUAGAUUUAUCCCACAACAAUAUCUCUUCGAUUUCAAAACAAUUCUUCAGACCCGUUGAACUAUCAUUGACGCAUCUUUAUCUAUCACACAAUAAUAUGUUAAAUGCAAGUCGAGAUGUUUUUGGUAGCUUGAGACAUUUACAGUGGUUGGAUAUUUCUCAUAAUGGAAUGUACGAAAUGGACUUCGACAUGUUUAGAAACACGAAAAAGUUACAGGUUCUUAUAGCUUCGCACAAUAAAAUAGCAGAUGUGGCCAAUGACUUAUUCAGGUUUUUAAAUAAUUUGAGAAUAGUUGACCUAUCACAUAACAGAUUAAGGGCUCUUCCUGACAACUUAUUUAGGGAGGAAGGUUUGGAACGCCUAGAUCUAUCGCAUAAUAUGAUAGGUAAGCUACCGCUUACCAGUAUGUCGGUUUCCACUGCUAUGACAGUAUGUGAAUUGGAUCUGUCUUGGAACAGUAUAUCUUCCUUAUCUCAUGGUGGAAUACUGAAUAGAUUCAAGAAGCUGAGUUUUUUAGAUUUAUCAUAUAACAGAUUAGCACAAAUUGAUGCAGGAACAUUCAAGGGUCUUUCUCGACUAUCAUAUAUUGAUUUAAGUCACAAUACUCAACUUGCACUUGAACCAAAUGGUCUAAGCUUUCAAGGAUUGGAAUAUACUUUACUCCAUCUGAGAUUGGAUAAUGUUUCACUCUCAUCGGUACCAAAUUUACCAACACCAAAUCUGAUCUCUUUAACACUAUCUUCAAAUUCGUUACCGAACGUGCCACCUGAAAUGACAACGAACUUAACAAAAUUGCAACGAUUGUAUCUAGACGAUAAUGACCUUACCGCCAUACCAAUAGUAACGCAUCAACUUGUUGAACUAAGAUAUUUUUCUAUAGCUGGGAAUCCUAUAACGUUUCUAAGUAAUACAAGUUUACUCGGCGUUGCUGAGCAUCUAGUAGAACUUAAUAUACAAAACUUUGAUUUGAAUACUAUAGAGACCGGAGUGUUUUGUAAAAUGUAUUCCCUUCAAACAUUGAAAAUGGAUAACUUACCAAAUGUUAAAAAUUUGAACAUUCCAACUUUAUUACAAUACAACACUGGUUUAAGGAAUCUAGAAAUACACGUUGAUUCUCCCACAGAUGACAAUUUAGAGAAACAAAUGUCCGGUGACUGGCCUUUGAAACUAAAAAAUAUCACUUUUACUGGCAAAGGGCUCAAAAAAUUAGGAAUAAACGUCUUGAACGGUGUAAGAAGCCCUGUGUUACAUUUUGGCGUUCACAACACCAGUAUAAAAAAUUUGCCGUCCACUAUGUUUGAUAAUAUUAAAAGAGUGAAAAAUUUAACAAUUGAUGUCAGUAAUAAUCAAGACCUUCAACAUUUACUGAAUCCUUCAAAAGGUAAUAUACCUAAUUUGUAUCAAAAACCCUUCUUGACGGAUUUGGACAUUACUGGUAAUAAAUGGACGUGUGAUUGCGAUUUAGGAUGGGUCGAGGUUUGGUUGAGGAAGCGUCGACAGUACUUAUGCGGAGAUAGUCCGUCUCUUACUUCGUCUUUCAGUGAUCCAAAAUAUACUUGUAGACACGCCGACGAUGAUCUCCGCACAGCUCUUUGUAGUAACAAAAAUAACCAAUCCGUUAUCGAUGUUUUAAAGACAGACAUUGAGUGUGGUUGGAGCGAUGCAACACAUUUAAGCGGCGUUCCAGUUUUCGGAUAUACUCUGCUCAUAAUUAUUUCAAUGUUAAAUUUCUUCUAAAAUUGUUCUCCGAUUAUUAAUUCGUACUUACUAUUAUAAAAAUUUCCUGAAUUGGGAGACAUUAGUUCUAUUUCAUUGAUUGGCAACUGUGAGCAAGCGUAUUAAUGGUAAAGUUCUAAUUAAAUACAUGAAAUGUAAAAAUACGGAGCUUUAAUUGUUUCAGUGGAUUUCAACGAGUUCAUUUAUGAGUUUUUAUUUCAAUUGAAUAUUUCUAACCUCUCUUUGAUGUCUUCUAUAAAGCAAUUUGCACCAAUAUUAUAGGUUUAGAUCAUUCAUUUUUCCCUUGAAUGUCAUUUAGUAUUGUUGAUAUUUGAAACGAAAAUAUAUUGCAGCCCUAGAAACAAUUUUUGUUGUAUUUUUGCCCCUGAGAUGUUAGUUACAAAUUCAAAAGUUAUUGUAUAAAUUGAUUCAUUUGGUAACUGAUCCUUUUUGUUCUCAAUUUCGAAAAGAGAAAGUUUCUUAAAAUAUAAGACAAAUCAAAUUGUAGGUGAAUUUGAAGAUGUAGAUAUCAAAAUAAUCCUAGAUUUCGUCUAGCAAUAUUACAUUUGAAACUUAUAUAUAUAUUCAUCAUGUAUAUAUUCACGAUAUUACUAUCACUAGUCAGAUAGAAAGCACAUAAUUUAAGAAUUUAUUCACAUACAUCUGUUACUUUUAAAAUCAUUUUAAGUGACUUUGUAGCUUACAGAAGAGUAGUUUACGUGAUACUUCCAAUAGCAAUCGUCCAUCAUAUGGAUAUUCUAUUAGCAUUAUGUCAAUUAGUUUCAACGUAAACCUCUACUUUAUUAUCCCCAAGAAAACUGUACUGCUACUAUGGUGUCGUAUAUAGUGGAACUUAAUAUACACAUGAAAAAGUAAUAUUUUUUCCGUUACAAAAACUUCGUUGAUUAUAUUUUGUUUUCUCUUGAGCCAUUUUUACUAAAUCAAUGCAAAUACAUUUUUGUUCUUUUGUUUUUUCAAACUAUUUUGGUGCAAUUGUUUCCUAUUCAUUUUUCAUAUAAUUGAAAAAAUCAAUAAAAUUUGAACCAUAUUCUAAAUAGUUAAUAAAAAAGGCUACAUCUUGGACUUCCAAUAAACAGGCUCGUCGGGAGUGUCAAAAUCCAUUUGUUUUAUAUAAUUGGGGAAUACUAUGUAUAUUAACAGACAUCUAUGAGAAAUUUUUCGAGCCCUCUUCAAGACCAAAGAGUUAUUCACCCCACAAAAGUUUCUAAUUCUCUACAAGGCCCGGAUAUGCCCAUCUUUGGACUAUUACUCGCACAUUUGAAGCUCUUCAGUAUACUCUGAGGAUCCAGAGUUGACCAGAAACCUGGAGAGUUUAAAGUAAGAGAGAAAGGUCGACUCUAUUCUAUCGAUACUACCAUGGCAGAUGCUAUUUCGAGCUCUCCAUCACCAUAAUCCAGCUAGUAUUUACAAGACCUACUCGACAAGCAAACGUGGCUUCGGGUUCGCCUGCAGACACCUAUAACGUCAAUUUACCGAGACUAUUUUCUUUGGAGGAGUACAAGCCUGUGGAAUCAGCUAUCAAGGCACGUCUUUUCGAACACUACAGCUUACAGAAGUUUAAGAUCAAUAUCCACAGGCAUCUGCACGCGGUAGGCACUACUCUAACUACUCUAGUGUAAUAGGGUCUACUCUCUUAAGAUAGCUUUUUACAUAAAAAACAGUUAUUCUUGUGUUUACUUAUCCUAUUCAUAGUUUUGAUAUUAGAGAUAGGAUGGUUUCGAAGCUGUUUUUCAAAUCCUUUUUUGAAUUUGUGAGCUGAAAACAAAGCUCAACGCACGUUUUACAUAUGAAAGAUUUAUUCCGAUUUCCCGAAUAAAUGUCAAAAUGGACACUUUAUUCUUAUAGAAGAUUUAUGACAAGAGUCAGUAUGAUAAUAUGAAGUACAAUUUCAAACUUUGCAAACAUAGGAUGGUUAGAUUAGGGGUGGAUGGUAGGAAGCUCUAAGAUUAAAAUAAAUUAUUUUGUAGCAUACAACUGAGGAUUGUGUAACCUACUUAAUUAGUUAUUAUUUUUGAUAUGUAUUUUGCUAAUGAGCUUUUUGUAUUGAGUUCAAAACUAGAGCUGAAAUUUAGUAGAAUUUUUUUAAUAAGCACGUUAGUAAUAUUUAGAAUCAGUGGUAAAAGUAUCAAUUCGUUGACACACAUAUUUGACUCAUAUUUAUUCCUAUCUCACCUGAAAAAAGUAUAGUCACACAUCGAUUUCCUAUAUUACAUAUGAUAUCACAUCGUAAUUAUUGAAUAUCCAAUCUAUAUGUUAAAGAAACUUCGUUGACUUUUGAAUUACUAGGGGCGAAUAUAUCUUUGGUUUUUUUGGAAAUUGGAAGAGCUGGUUUGUCAUUUUAUCAUUCGAAAUAAACUCUCGAAAGCUCAUGUUUAUUAGAUGUGGAUCAAACCAAUAUGAACAUUUUGAGGUUAAGUUAUUUCAAAUUGAAAAGUUCUUGGCUUGUUAUGAGUGUAUGCGAAAUAAUUUUAUUUAUCUAUCAUCUUUUAAUUCAAUUUUUUCUUUUAAAAUAAGUUGAAAUAAAAUAUUUAGGAUUAUAGUAGAAGUUUUUUAAAUAUACAAAUGUACGAAUUUUAAUAUUUUCAACGGCAUGUCACUAUUAAUCAAUUGCAUAAUGUAUUCACAAUAACUGAUAAAUAUUUUUGGAUUAAAGAAAAUAAUUCAUGAAAA